AUGAUUACACUACGCCCUGAGGUUGCUAAGAGGAUGAUGCAGGAGUUUAGGAAACUCUCCAAAGCUGAGCUUGGUGGAAUCAAAAUCAAGAUGAAUGAAGACAAUCUUUCUGAAGUUCAAGCAACAAUAGAAGGACCAGCUGAAACACCAUUUGAAGGUGGUGAAUUUGAUAUUAAAUUAGAAAUUGGAGAAGAAUUCCCUCAGAAACCACCAAAAGGAUACUUCCUUACAAAAAUUUUCCAUCCAAAUAUUUCUGAUGCUGGUGCUAUUUGCGUUAGCACAUUGAGUUCCGAUUGGACAGAAGAUAUGGGCUUAGACCAUCUUUUAUUAAGUAUCAAAUGCUUACUUUUACAACCAAAUCCUUCAAGUGCUCUCAAUGAAGAGGCUGGACGUCUUUUCUCUGAGAAUUACGAGGAUUAUUGCUCCCGCGCAAAGCUUAUGACCCAGGUUUAUGCAAUGAAAGGCGGUCAACAAAAAGCUGCUAAACCUGCUGCUGAAAAAGCAAGAAAAAGAAUCAAACGUUUGUAA